ACUAUCAGUGCUGACGCUUAUAUGCAGCAUUUCUAUUCGUUCGUUUAGGCUAUAGCGCGCAAACGCUAGCUACAAGACGAACGACAGUUUAGUAACAUAGUACCGCGGGUAAAAAAUGGCUGCUUUCAGUAAUAUUCAACGACAAAUAUUUGUUGUAACAACAAAUGAGAUUUAUAAUAUGAUAUUUUCAUCUUCAUCAGAAGAAAGUGAAGAAGAUAAUAUUGAUGAGUUGUUACAAAACAGAAAUAUUAAACAAUAUAUUCCGCGCCUUAAAAAUUACGUAGAGGUUAUCAUACCACAAUAUAGUAAAAACCAGUUCAAAUCUCAUUUUAGGAUCUUCCCUGGAACAUUUGAUUUUAUAUUAAGUCUCAUUAGUUCGAAAUUAACAAGAAAGAAACCUGGUUGUCCUACAAUAUCACCUAAAAAGCAGCUUAUGAUUGCCAUUUGGAAGAUGGCAACUCCAGAUUCCUAUAGAUCAAUUUGUGAAAAGUUUGACGUAGGAAAAGCAACGGCAUUAAAAUCUGUCAGAAGAGUUAUGAAAGCUUUAACUGAAUUGGCACCACAUUUUAUUACCUGGCCAAAUGAAGAAAGAGCAAAGGAAAUACACAAUGGUUUUUUUGCUAUCAGUGCUUUUCCUAAAGUUCUUGGUGCAAUUGAUGGUACUCACAUCAAUAUUCCUGCACCACACGAAAAUCCAGAAUGUUAUGUGAAUCGAAAGGGACAUCAUUCAAUUCAGUUACAGGCCAUAUGUGAUCAUCAAUGUCGAUUUAUCCAUUGUUAUAUUGGAAAUGUCGGUUCAGUACAUGACCAACGAGUUUUUCGUCUAUCAGAAGUUUAUGACUAUCUUAAUGAUCCUACCAAA